AUGACUCUUUGGGAUUGUAUUGUGGUAGGCGGCGGCAUUGCCGGGUCAGUCGUCUCGAACCGAUUGCUUGAGCAGGAUUCAACCCUCAAAAUCUUGCUGGUUGAGGCUGGCACCAACACCCACGCCGUCGAAAACAUCGAGUGGACCGAUAUGAACAAUGCCAUCGGCGGCGAGUACGAUUGGGGCUUCUCAUCAGUGCCGCAGGUCCACCUCAACAACCGCGAGAUUGUGUCCCCGGUGGGAAAGGGCCUGGGAGGUGGUACCAUCAUCAACGGAGCUGCUUGGGUCCGUGGACACAAGGUCGACUAUGACAUCUGGGCCGAGAGGGUCAACGACACCCGAUGGAGCUACGAUGGCCAACUCCCUUACAUGAAGAAGACCGAGACCCUCUUCGACAACUCUACGAACCCACUGUCCCAUGGACACAUGGGCCCCGUCAAGAUUCAGUCCCCCGGCUCUACCAAUCGCGUUUUCCCUCUCCGAGAGCCAUUGCUGGAGUCAUGGAGAGAGAUCGGCAUCGACGCACUCCCCCAGCUCGACAACAACGCCGGGAACAACCUCGGUGUUGCCGACCUUCAAGAGAACAGAGACAAAGGCAAGCGCCAGCUGUCUUCUCUGAUUUACUCGCUCGAGGGCGUCACUGUUCUGACUGACAGUCUGGUCGCCAAGGUGUUGGUAGAGAAGUCCCCCUUGGGGCACCUAGUGUCCAGGGGAAUCCAGCUCGACAAUGGCACCAAGAUCUUCGGGCGCGAGACCAUUCUUUCUGCUGGUGCGUACCGUACACCCCAGAUCUUGAUACUAUCCGGCAUAGGUCCGGCCGACACCCUGAAGAAGUUCAACAUUCCCGUCAUCCUGGAUCAGCCGGCCGUCGGGCAAAACUUCCACGACCACGUACUCAUUCCCACAGUCUGGCAACUCAAGAACGCCUCCGCGGGCUACGCUAAAGAAUCGGGCAAUCCUGUCUUCAGCGAGUCACAGUACAACCUCGGAGCCUUCAUCGACUUCAUGGCCAUCACUUCACUGCCGAAGGAGGGUCUAUUUAAUGCCAUUGCUGAGGACGAAGGCUCGGUGCCCAAUGCAGCCACACAUCCGUUGCUGAAGCAAGACCGCGCCCAUUCCUCUCAUUUACUUCAGUACUCUGGAGUCUCUGCGGAUGGCUCGGCCGUCCUCAUGAUUUCUGUUGUUUUUAUUAACUCUGCCCGGGGCUCCGUCACCAUCCAGUCCGCCGACAUUAAGGACGCGCCGCUCAUCGACCCCAACUUCCUGGCCACAAGCGUAGACCGCUACGCUGCUCGGGAGACCAUCCGACGAAACAUCAGACUGCUGACCUCCGGCGACACCGUUCUUGGGCGGGAAAUCGUGGCUGGCGAACUCGCCGCCAACCCGUUGACUGCGGAAUCAACGGACGAAGAAAUCGACGCCCGAGUGAGGGAGAUGGCCGGAGGAUGUUAUCAUCCCGCAGGUACGGCCUCCAUGGGAACGGUGGUGGACACCGACUUGCGCGUCAUCGGAGUGUCAGGCCUCCGCAUCGUGGAUACUUCUGUGUUCCCUGUAUCGAUCUCGGGCAAUCUCCAAGUGGCUGUGUAUGCAUUGGCAGAACAAGCCGCUGAGAUCAUCAAGUCAACCAUGAAGAAAUGUUGA